AUGGAUUACGAGGAUGAUUCAUUCGAGGACUGGAAUACGGGCAAGGGACAGAAGUUCAUUGCCCUUGUCGUUUCCGACAACUCAGACAGUGAGAGUCGUCUAGUACAGGAAAGUGGACCGGUAAGACAGAGAAUCAGCAGCAGUGGGACGAAGAGUCGGCAGAAACUGCACGAUGAGAAGAAAUCAACGGGUAAAAGAAGCCAGAGCAAAACUAUAAAGAGCCAGAGUAGUAAUAACAGUCCAAACGCAAACACGGCUACUCCAAGAACGAGCAUUGCUGGGAAAUCCGAGGAGAAGAAAAGGUGGUCGUUUAUGUCUAACCAUUCUUCUUCGUCCAAGAAGAGAUGGUCAUCUUUCACGCUGGACUCAAACACUGCGAAGAUUGUUGCGAGCAGUCACAGUAGUAACAACAACCGACUUUCAGUGGUGAGCACCUCCUCAAGUAGUAAUAUAGACGGUCAAUCCAUUGAGGGACAGCCCCUCGAAAAGGCCUCCAACCGUUCCAGAACACACAGUCUGAAAAGAUCGUCCACUGGUUCAUCACUGAGACAGUUACUAAAUAAGAUUGUUACCUCGGAAAAUAGCGAGCUCGAUAAGGAGAAUCAACCAUUGUUCUCGUCAACGACUAGUUCAAACGCAAGUAUCCGGACAAAUGGUAGCAACAAAGGUACAAAAUUCAAGAAAAGUAAACCUUCGAUAACAGUUACGAACUCGGACUCCAGACAACCGUUGAAACCCUUGAGAAACACUUUGAACACAGUUGAAACGCAGAACAGCUUUAGAAGGCCCUCGCUCUCGUCAAUGAACACAAACACAUCGAAAAACUCUAUGUCCAUGCUGAACAGCUCAAUGGACAACCUCAGUAUUCAUACCAAAAGACCAAGCAUUUCGUCGAUGUCCUCGUCGACAUCACUAUCCAAAUGGAAAUUUUGGAAGAGGCCAACCCAGUUGAAUAACGGUGGCAACAACAUACAUAACCAAGAAUAUUAUCAGCACAGCCAAAACCAAAGGCAUAAUCCAAACGUUAUUGAUAAGCAGACGGGGAAGAAGAAGCUGAGGCAGAAAAGUUCUCUGGCAGACUUCCAUUCAGGCACAAACAACGACCAGCUUUCCUUCUACUCGAACAUAGAUUAUACUGGUGGCCAACAGCUGAACGGAGCAAACACAACUUUGAACAAAAGGACGUCAACCUCCAGUCUUUCCCUUUCGAUAAGCAGCUUGAAACAUAGGUCGUCCCAACCAAAUUUGAAACACAAAACAUCGCAUUCUUCGCUACCAAAAUUCAAAAAUAGGCGCCAAUCAAAUACUGGAGGGGAUGACGGAUCGAGUCUACUGACUAUCAGCUCCUCCAUGAACUCAGUUCACAGUAGCCACUCCAAUGGCACCACUAAUACCAAUAACAUAUCGCUACCAGUGCCUAACGCGGUUUCCAGGGACAAAAUCAGAGCCAAACUGAAAAAUUCUGCGUCGCUGCUGUCGUUGAACUCUAAAAUCCCCAUGGAAAAGAAGUCCUACGACGAUAAUAUGCUCAACGAGAUAUUGGACCUUUGUACCGUCAAAUGUGUCAUUGAGCCAGCAGAAAUUGACUCGAAAAAGCAUCAACAUCUGGAAACCUUGUCGUCAAACCAUUCAAUUCAAAUAUCACAACAUGUUUGGAGAUGCACCUCCAGUUUGGAUCAAUCGCAAACCAUCAUCUGCAAGAAAAUACCACUACUUUGCGACUUCAACGAGAUGGAGUCCUGUUUGAAAGAGUUGAAAAUUCUGAAGUUGUGCACAGGUACCCCGGGGUUACCAUUUUUAAUCCAAAACUAUAUCAUUCGCAGUGCUGACACUAAUGAAAACACGCUCUAUCUUUUCUUGAAAGACAUGGGCGAUCCAAUUACAGAGCGCGAAGUAAAGAACUGGUCUACAUGCUUAAAGAUUUUUUGGCAAUGUGCUCUCAUUCUGUAUGUGGCAGAAACUAAGUUUCAAUUUGAACACAGGAAUUUGACCUUGGACCACAUUUUAAUCGACAAAAACGGAACCAUCACUUUAUGUGACCUGUCAAAGGCAAGAGCAAAUUACUACUCCAACGACAACGUCAUAUAUACAAGACUGGAUCACCCAGCUUUUUUCCAGGGUGGAAGAGACUACCUGUUCGAUAUCUACAAUUCCAUGCGUUCCAUUUUCAUAGCUAAAAACGAACAUUGGAAUCAUUUCGAACCAGGAACAAAUUUGCUCUGGUUGAGGUACCUGGCAAUUAUGCUACUGACGAAGAACAAAGAUAGAACAAUGAUGGGUCCAGGGAGAGACCAACUAUUAAAGCUAACCGUCUUACUAGACAUGUACCCAGCUGCUAGUACGAAGAGAAGCAAUCAUCUCUUCAAUAAAAGGAAGGAAAUAGAAAUAAAGUCCACUGGGGACUUGAUGAAAUGGAAGUAA